UGAGACCUCGCUUUGUUCAAUAGAGGGAGGGAGAGAGGCACGAUAGCUUGUUAUUUACCUAGUAGCAAGCUGUCUAUCAGGACGGAUUACUUGUACUUUACCUCGAACAUAUUUGCCCUUUUUGGACUUUGAAGGUUUUUUUAUGCGGGGAUGUCCAAGCGAGUGCGAAGCAGAGAGGUCUGCGCUGAUUGCAGUGCUCCUGAGCCACGCUGGGCCUCUGUUAACAGGGGUGUGUUGAUCUGUGAUGAGUGCUGCAGCAUCCAUAGAGGUCUCGGGCGACACAGCUCUCAAGUCCGACAUCUGACUCAUUGUCCUUGGCCACCUUCUCAGCUGCAGAUGGUCCAGACAUUGUAUGGUAAUGGAGCAAAUUCCAUAUGGGAGCACAGCCUUCUGGAUCCUUCCUCUUCAGUCAGUGGGAAGCGCAAAGCCAACCCUCAGGAUAGAGUUCAUCCUAACAAGACGGAGUUCAUCAAGGCUAAGUAUCAGAUGUUAGCUUUUGUCCAUCGGAUGCCUUGUCGAGAGGAUGACAGCGUAACUGCUAAAGACCUCAGUAAACAACUUCAUUCCAGCGUUCGAACGGGGAAUCUGGAGACCUGUCUCAGACUCUUAUCUUUGGGAGCACAAGCCAACUUCUUUCAUCCUGAAAAAGGCAACACUCCACUACACAUAGCAGCAAAAGCAGGUCAGAUUCUGCAGGCGGAGCUGUUGGCUGUUUAUGGAGCUGAUCCCGGAGCCCUGGACUCCAGUGGAAAGACCCCCAUUGAUUUUGCAAGACAAGCUGGUCACCACGAGCUGGCAGAAAGGCUGGUAGAAAUACAGUAUGAGCUCACUGAUCGGUUAGCCUUUUACCUGUGUGGCAGAAGACCAGAUCACAGGAAUGGACAGCACUUCAUCAUUCCACAAAUGGCAGACAGCAGUCUGGAUUUGUCAGAUUUUGCAAAGGCUGCGAAGAAGAAGCUGCAGUCGUUAAGUAACCAUCAGUUUGAAGAACUUGCCAUGGAUGUUUAUGAUGAAGUGGACAGAAGGGAAACGGAUGCAGUGUGGUUGGCCACUCAGAACCACAGCACAAUCGUAACAGACACCACAGUUGUGCCCUUCCUGCCCGUCAACCCUGAGUAUUCAUCUACCAGGAACCAGGGUCGUCAGAAAUUGGCCAGGUUCAGCGCUCAUGAAUUUGCCACCCUUGUUAUUGAUAUUCUAGCUGAUGCUAAACGGCGGCAGUGGGGUAAUUCCUGUGACAGUCCAAAAGAAAAUGUGGAACUGAUCCUUCAAGGAACAGACAGCCGCCAUAACAGCGAGAGCCAAGACAACGACCAGCCGGAUUAUGACAGCGUGGCGUCAGACGAAGAUCCGGUACAAGAGGCAACUCGCGGAAACAGCCUUAACGACAGACUGACCAAGAGCUCAGAGUCGUCUGACCUGUCUGAUGGACCAAUCACAGUGCAGGAGUUUAUGGAGGUGAAGAGUGCCCUCACUGCUUCAGAAGCGAAAAUACAACAGCUUCUCAAAGUCAACUGUCACCUGAGCGAAGAGCUGCGAUUGAUGCAGAACAAGCUGAGCUCCCUGGAGACAGAAAACACAACGCUGCGUUGGCAAACCCCCAGCGGACAACAACAACAACCCCAGGGGCCCUUUGGACGACAUCCAGCUCGAGGAGGUCGCGCCAUGUCCAUGUAUGAGACGAGCUCUCCUCUGAGGCCGUACUCCCACAGAGUGGAGACGGCUCGCAACGACAACGGAGUGGUUUUACAGCCCUUCCCUACCAACAUUGGUAGGGGUCCUUUGGGGACAGCCGCCUCCUCCCUCCCUACCUUCCCCUCUCCCCUGUCCUGGUCGUGGAAUGAGAGAUCUCGAAGGGGCUGCAGUCUUGGUGGACAAAGUCCAAUGUUGGAGAAUGACUAUGAGACGACACCCAGCCACUCUGAACUGGAGUACACUGGCAGCCCUCUUAAAGCCGCUGAAGGAGUAGAACCGGAGGAAGAAGGUGAAGAAGAUGCCACUCUGCCUAGCACCGAAGACGUCAUCUGUAAGACGGAGCAGAUCACUAAAAACAUACAGGAGCUUCUGAGAGCUGCUCAGGAGACCAAACAUGAAAGCUUUCUGCCUUGCUCUGAAAAGAUCUGCCUGGCUGUGACGGAGAUGGCCGCCCUGUUUCCAAAGAGACCAUCCCUGGAGACAGUACGCAGCUCUCUCUACCUGCUGACUUCCAGCGCCAGCCGGCUUCACAGAGAAUGUCAGAAGGCUGCAGAGCACAAUCCUUGUCCAUCGGACAUCCAGCUGGUCACUCAGCAGGUUAUCCAGUGUGCCUAUGACAUAGCCAAAGCUGCCAAGCAACUCGUCACUGUGACAACCAAAGAAAACAGCAACUAAAAACCCAAAGACAUUCCUGGUGCCCCCAGUGUUGCUUACAUUUGAAUUUAUUCAACGUAUUUGUCUGAUAGUGAUCAGUGUAAGCGUUCACAUGCAUCCCUUAAGAUGGGAAGAUCUUUUAAAAAAAAUGAUGCCAUGCAAAAUUAUGAAUCAAUCAAAAGCUUAUUUAUUUUUAUCUGUGCCAUGCUGAUAUGAACGCAAACAUAGUAAAAGAAGAAGAAAACGUGUUUCACUUCCUUACCUCACUAAGUUGGCCUUUCCGCUGCAUGAGUAAGUGUUGCGUUACAUCAGUGAAGCGUGUUAAGCAGCAGUUAGCUGCCGUUAUAGCCGAUUGUUGCGGUUCCGCCGGCUGCAAAGCGUCACAUUUUCGACUGGUCCCAGAAGCAGAGUUUAUGCAAAAUUUACAUUUCGAAUCAAUUUUCCAGAACGUGUUCAGAUCAGGCCAGACCGGAAGUCACGCACAAAGCAAUGUAAAACAUCUGGUAUUUAAAAAAAAAAAGCCACAUGCUGAUUUUCAGUUGAUGAACUAGAAAAUAUAAUGUGCAUCAUUACCAGCAACACCUCCGGAGGUAAACGCCACAGAAAAGCAACCUCAGACCAUUUUAGAUGCAUGCUGCCACUUUGCUUCUUAUUGUGUGAACUGGCGAAAUCACGAGUGAUCUUGCAACUCUCCUGAGAUUUCAUGACCUCGCUGGACCAGCCACAGACAUCAUAUACAUAGAACACCCUGUAGACUGGUGCUGCCUAUUGGAGCUGCCGUAGUGGCUUGCCGCCAUCUUGGAUGGGUCUCUAUUUGCCCCCAGUACAUUCAUUUCUACUGAGGAAAGUGCUUACCCAGCUAAAAAACUUAUUUUAUUAGGCUUUUUCACAAAAUCAGACAUGUAGUGAAGCAUGAUGCUUAAAAAUAAUUUUUUUUAAUGUAAAAUAAAUAGAAAAAGUAUAAAAUUCCAACAGGUGGGCUACAAGAGUCCCAGAAAAGUCGUGAUCUAUUUUUAAUAGUGCGCCGGCUGUUGCAACCAUAGGCUGUACAAAAACUGGACACAGUCGCUCACUUUGCGUUGACUCCAGAGAGUGAGGAGACCCAUCCAAUAUUGUGGAGACACUGUUACACGCUCUCCAGCGCCCAAUGUGGCAUCUACGUAUUCAUGUCUAUGGGACCAGCUCCAUGGAACUCUUUUGCUGCAGAUGUGAAGGGACGCACAGCGAGUGAAAUGCGUCUCAUUACCGUACAUGAAGCUUACGUGUCCGACUUGAUUGCCGAACGCUCAAUGGUCUACGUAACAGAAAAGCUCUACAGAACAGGGGUUUAUUUCACUUUCUUUGUUUGUACAAUGGCGUAGCGGACAUCUGAAGUGAUUGGCUGUGCUCUCGGAGCUCAGAAACCUCUAAACUUUAAAGAUCACAACAGAUGAACCUCUACCCAGGGUUUAUUUUUCUAUUUUAAGUUUUUCAGACGCAGUGACAGUAUUGUAACGUCAGAUCUUUGUGAUGUUGCUUGCUUUUUAAGUUUUAGUAAGACAACUGUGAUUUUAGACUAAGCCUUCUAUGUGGUAGGUACUUCACCCAGCCAACAAGACUGCACACUUUCAUUCCACCCAGCAGGUGAUUUCUUAUUCGUUCUUUCCCCCUCAGCUGGUUGAAGAGGUGUUUUUAGAUAAAGUAUCAGUAGUUAUUGAAGUUUUAUCGCUACAGCCAUAAUUACAGUGUGUGCGUGACUUUGAGUGUGUGUGUGUGUGUGGCCCCUGUAGCUUGUGUGAAAUCUCACUUUGAAUUAAUUUUAAUAGCAUUAUGCAAAUAUGUCAGAUGUAUAUGUAUCCAUGCAAUUCUCUUCUCAGAAUAACCCAAAUGCUAUUCUAUUUAUAAAGCUGUAUGUUCUAUAUCUAAGGAAAAUAUCAGUGUUUAUUUUCAUAAGCUUUUUGUCUAACACAGCUAACACUUUUUCCCGUGCUCAGCUGUUUGGUUUAUUUUAGGAACCCUGAGAUCUGUGUGUGUGUGUGUGUGUGUGUGUGUGUUUGGUGCGGUGCUGUAACUCCGGUGUUUUUACAUGCUUCCUGUGGUCCAACACGUACCUCCUCUAUGGUUUACAGCCACUUGACAAAGUGAACCGUGCCGUGUGUGUGUUCUCUGUAGACGGUUCUGAGCCGGAUCAGUUUGAACCUGAGGUGGAAAGGAAACUUUGCUGCACAGCUUCAGACUUUUGGGAUGGGAAAAGCACACACAACAUUUAAUUAUCUAACUGCCUAAAACAGUUAGGGUUAUCAUAAAUAUGCAGUGUCUAUAAUUCUCAGAAUUGUUGAUUAUGAAGAAGAAAUUUUCCUUUAUGUUUAAAAUAAGCUUUUGAUUCAUCUCUGAUUUAAUUGUACCACAAGUAAGGAUGCGCAGAUAUGAAAAUUUGGGUUGAUUUCUGAUAAUAUUCCUGGUUAACUUAUAAUCAGUAUUUACAUAAAUGCAUGUGUAAAUGUAUUUCCCUACACUUUUGACGGUGUGUCAUAGUGAAUAGUUAAACACCCCCACACUGCAUCACUAUUGCGUCAUGCUAAAAAUCCACCAUUGGGCCAAACCCCUCCUCCUGAAACACACAUGCUAGUGGAAACAAGAUGGAAGAAAAAAAACUCAGUUGUUGAUAUCGGCCCAGUUUUAUUUACUGGAUCAAUACUGAUGUGUUAGAAAAGGACUCAAAUCAGCCGAUACCGAUGCUGCUGCCGAUGUAUCCAUGAGCCGUUCCAAUACACGUCGUUUGAUGCCAGUUGUUGGAUUUUUAAUCUGAUCCCCCCCGUCAAUCCAACCCCUUAAAGCUGAGUGUCAAGCAGGAAGGCACUGGGUUUUAUAAAGUCUUUGGUGUGACCCGACUGGGUGGACACUCUACCACUAGGCCAUUAAAUGUGACUAUUAAAUAGGCCCACAGAAAUUUAAUAUCAUAAACCAUUUUAAUUUAGAAAAAGUGCAGAUCCAGUUUUAAUAGUUGGUCAAAUGAAUUGUGGUAUAAUCCACCUGUGCAGGUGUAAUGUGGGUGACAUGAUCUAGAUUCUAGUUCUUCCUGUUCGUUUUUGUUAUUAAUCAAAACUCACAUAGAGAAACUUGUUUAAUACCGAAUUAGCUCAAAUAUAUUCACCUUACUUUUGCUAAAGCACUUAAAAGAUCAUAAAAAUCCAUUAAAUAAAUUGUUUUAAAAGUUUUUGAAAAUAAACAAUCUGAUGCUGUGAUCUGUGUAAUGUGUAGGUGAAAAGUUACAACCCAAAUUAUUUGUUGGAUUUGUUAAAAGAAGAGGAUUUUGUUGUAAAAGCAGAAGUGUGCACUGAGCAACUUUCCAUCCACCCAGGUGUCAAACUUGAUAAUCAACUAAAGCUCUCUGUGCUCCAAAACAAUCCAUCUCCUGUUUAAUAAACUAUGAUGAAUACCUCA